GGGACAGGGACAGGGACAGGGACAGGGACAGGGACAGGGGCAUGGACAGGGGCAAGGACAGGGACAGGGACAGGGACAAUGGCAAGAACAAGGCCAAAAUCAAGGACAAGGACAAGGUCAGAAUCAAGGACAAUCACAAGGACAGGGCCAAGGGCAAGGUCAAAAUCAAGGACAGGGACAGUGGCAAGGACACGGUCAAGGACAAGGUCAAGGACAAGGACAAGGACAAGGACAAGGACAAGGACAAAGUCAAGGACAAAGUCAAGGACAAAGUCAAGGACAAGGUCAAGGACAAGGGCAAGGUCAAGGACAAGGUCAAGGACAGGGACAAGGACAUGGCCAGGGACAGGGGCAGGGCCAAUGGCAAGGGCAAGGACAAGGUCAGGGCCAAGGGCAGGGACAGGGUCAAGGACAAUGGCAAGGACAAGGUCAAGGACAAGGACAAGGACAAGGACAAGGACAAGGACAGGGACAGGGACAAGCAAGGACAAGGUCAAGGACAAGGUCAAGGACAAGGGCAAGGACAAUGGCAAGGUCAAGGACAAGGACAAGGGCAACGUCCGGGUCAAGGCCAAGCUCAAGGGCAAGGACAGGGUCAACAUCCAGGGCAAGGUCAGAUACAAGGACAAGGACAAGGCCAGGGACAAGGUCAACGCCCUGGGCAAGGUCAAGCUCAAGGGCAAGGCCAGUGGCAAGGACAAGGGCAACGUCCAGGCCAGGGUCAAGGUCAGGGUCAAGUUCAAGGGCAAGGUCAGGGGCAGCGUCCUGGACAAAAUCAAGGACAAGUACAAGGUCAAGGACAAGGUCAAGGACAAGGCCAACGUCCAGGCCAAGGACAACAACAGCAACAAGGUCAAGGACAAGGCCAACGUCCAGGCCAAGGCCAAGGACAACAACAGCAACAAGGUCAAGGCCAAGGACAGCAACAGCAGCAAGGUCAAGGACAACAACAGCAACAGCAAGGGCAGGGACAGGGACAGGGUCAACAACAACAGCAAGGCCAAGGGCAUGGACAUCAAGGACAGCAUCAAGGGUCACAUCAGGGCCCGAUCAGUUCCGGCCAACAUCAGGUACAACAUCAGGGUAGCCAUCAAGGUAUUCACGGUGGAGAGCAUCAAGGACAACAUCAAGGGUCACAUCAGGGGCCAAUAAGCUCGGGACAGCAUCAGGGACAACACCAGGGAAGUCAUCAAGGCUCGAGUGGUGAACACCAAGGACAGCAUCAAGGAUCUCAUCAAGGUCCUAUUAGUUCCGGACAGCAUCAAGGACAGCACCAGGGCAAUCAUCAAGGAAUUAAUAGUGGAGAGCAUCAAGGACAACACCAGGGCUCCCAUCAGGGUCCGAUCAGCUCGGGCCAGCACCAGGGACAGCAUCAGGGCAGUCAUCAGGGUGCUAGCGGUGAACAUCAGGGACAACACCAGGGCUCACACGAAGGUCCCAUCAGCUCGGGCCAGCACCAGGGACAGCAUCAGGGCAGUCAUCAGGGUGCUAGCGGUGAACAUCAGGGACAACACCAGGGCUCACACGAAGGUCCCAUCAGCUCGGGUCAGCACCAGGGACAGCAUCAGGGAAGUCAUCAAGGAAUACACAGCGGACAGCAUCAGGGGGAGCAUCAACAUCAGCACCAGGGACCAGUUGGAGAAGGACAACAUCAGACUAGCCAUCAAGGAAGCCACCAGGGCCUGUCGCAGGGAGAGUUCCAGGGUCAACAUCAGGGGCAGCACCAGAAACCGAUCAGCGGCAACAAGGAGGAGCACAACCUGCAGGUUCAAGUGUCCUGGGGACAGGGACAGCAGGGACAGGGGCAACAAGGCCAAUCUCAAGGACAAUCCCAAGGACAGUCUCAAGGACAGUCGCAAGGCCAGUCUCAAUCCCAGGGGCAGUCUCAAGGCCAAUCCCAGGGACAACAGGGACAGUCUCAAGGCCAAUCCCAGGGACAGACACAUCGUCCACCGCAAGGAGGACCUACGACGGAACAACCUCCAGUCGAGUCUUCACCGAGUACACCGAUCCCUGGAUCACCUGGAACCGCAAUUGGUGUGUAUCCACCGACAAAACCAAUCGAUACCAGCUCACCACCUGGCUCGUCAUCCUCCUCCUCCUCCUCAUCUCCGCCUCCAUCGAUGCCACCCUCGGGGCCACCGUCGUCUUCCGGCGGGGACAACUAUGCUCCACCUCCAAACUAUCAGAUAGCGGUAUCGCAAUAUCCGUACUUCUUUGUGCCCUAUCCGUACGCACCGCCGAACGUGCCGCAGGCACCAUGCAACUGCCCAGCCGAUCAGCAGAACCAGCAGGGAGGCCAACAGCCAAACCAGCCGGCCGGCUACCUCGGCUUCAUUCCCGUCCUGUACAUCCCGAACUGUCACGCCCAGAAGAGUGGACUGCCGGCCAACUUCAACUGGCCGGCACCGCCACCACCGGAAGGGUUCGGCCAGUCACUGGAUGAGCUGCCGGCCCAGCGACUCUUUCAGAAACCGGACGGUAGCUGGGUGCUGCAGCGGGCCCGCAACCGCUCUCGCCGGCUGCGUGCCCGACGUCCCGCUGCCCGGCGAAUCAUUACCGACCAGGAAUAUCCAGCGAAGAAGUAGAGUCGAUUGAGGAAAAGACGCAGCAGUUUGCAUGGAAGAGAAAAAAAUACUCAUUUUAUAUUAAGUUUCAUCUGCCCUUUAGUAUACUACACUCAUUCAUUCGCUCCCCAACACAAGCAACCCGGUCCCGCAUUUGGGUGCAAGAAAAAAAGCGAUAUUUAUGGAAACAAAAGACAGUGUGUUUUCGAUGUUUAAGGAUGCAUUGAUUUUCCUCUUGCCACUGUGAUUAGAUUUAUUCAUCAAACGAAAGCGCAAAGUAUACUACGAAAGCAUCGCUAUAGCGAAAUGGAGAGCUUCCCGUGUGUAUUCGAGUAGGAUGUGGGAAGGAAGUAGCUGCCUGCCUUCCGUGUUCCGUAGGAAAAGGGUUGCCGUGGAGGACGAAAGAGGCAAAAGACAGCAAAUGGAAGAGUGUAUGUGUGGCGUGUGUUUAACGCACAGUAAAAGCACAUCCCUCUCGUCUACGCUAGUUAAUCGUAACUUAUUUAAGAUAGCACGAGAAAAAGUUUGAGCACACAUUGAAUAAAAGUGUUUUGAUGCAUAAAUGUAAA